GCAAGGUCAAUCACCACGACAUAUCACCAUAAGAUCAAGACUUGAGAAUAAAUAAUUCUGAAUGUGAAGCUACCAACCAAUUACCUGGUCUUCCAAGCCGGUAUCAGCUUUGCUACUUUCUCAACUCCAGAAAAACAAACCCCAACCCACAUCACAAUGGCCCAGGAUGAGAGCCCCACAAUCCAAGUAGAGGAAACGCAGUACGAUGCCAACAAGGAGCCAUAUGUCCAAGCAUCCCAACCCGAUCCCAAGAACAAAGAAUCCCCUCCAACCGCCCAGAAACCCAAAACCCCAGGCCAACUGAUGACACCAGCCACCCCUCGCACCAGGGCGGAGUCUGCUCAAACUCCUCCCCUCGGCCCCGCGCCCAGCCUGCCAUCUCAAUACCCAGUGCCGCAGAGCCCAAGCCAGGAGAGCGACGAUGGCAGCUCUGAGAAUUCAGAUGAUGGACCUAAGGAGGCGCACCGUGAAAAGGAAAAGGUUGAUCCGCACGUGCUUCCCCAGUUUGACUGGGAGGGGUUGGAAACGGAGUACUACGCCGCUUUGAGCAGGGCGAACGAUGUUGAGGCAAAUCUCAACGAGGAGUUCAAGGCGCUUGCUAAUUUCUUCGCUCAAUGGUCCAAUAUGUCGCUUGCAAAAGACGAGGAGAGGGCUGUGAAACGGUUCAGGACGAGGCAGGAGCAUGUGUUUCACUCGGAAGACAAGUUUUCGAAGAAAAAAGAACACCAUGAGGAGGUGGUUAAGGCGCUUAAAUCCGUGAUGGCGCUUAUGCACCACACUAAUUGAGUGGGUUCUGUUAAUGGAUGCAAUGAAAUGCGCAAGAGCUGGGGGUGAAUGGAUGGCUGGAGAGGUUGUGAUGUGAAGUAUGCUACCAAGGUCAGGGGACAGAAGCGUGGAUGGCUCAGCUCUUUGACAGAGCUGGGGAAGACGAGAAGACUUCUUGGAGGAAAUAAGAGUCGCUUCAGAGGACCGUCCAGCUAGGUGCGGGCGUAUUGGCUUGGUUGCUUUGCUUUUGAAUUGGCGCAUCCAACAUCAAAAGGCCAGGACGGUGUCGAUAUAUUACAGCUACAUGCUUUGAUGAAGCAUUGCUAUUGCUGAUGGAGAUAAACGAACAUACAUAGUUAUACAUAAUACCAAUCAAAAUGUCAAAAACAG